AUGCCCGUUGAAACUACUCCCCACCUCGAUCCAUCCUCGCGCCAAUCAAACGCGGUUGAGCCGGCUCAAACACCAACCCCUUGGCCCGUGUCUGGGGAGUUGACAUCAGUGCUGUCUCUACUCUACCCUGCACUCACCCUAGAGAGCCCAGUCCGGCUUGUCCACAACCUCGCCCCUCGUCUCGGCCUUGCAGCAACGCAAGGAAAGAGAGAUGGAUACGGCUCCAAGGGAUACGGGGACACAGGGCCUGCACAAGGUCCGCGCACGCCCAUUUCCCAUCUACUGUACGAGCUUGACAGGCUGGGCACCCGUCAUCCCGUCCACGGCAGUCGCUGGCAGGGAGAGAGGCAGUCGCUGGCAGGGAGAGAGGCAGUCGCUGGCAGGGAGAGAGGCAGUCGCUGGCAGGGAGAGAGGCAGUCGCUGGCAGGGAGAGAGGCAGUCGCUGGCAGGGAGAGAAAGAGAGGCAAGGGGAGGAGGAGGGUAUGCACAGUGCACAGGGCAAGGGGCACAGGCAAACAACUUGGCUUGGGAGGCUGCCCUUGCCCUUGCACGACAAGACGACAUGCACCUUCCACACCUUCCCCAAGACGAGCUCGGAAGGGUGUGCACCCACACAGGCAAACACAAACACUGGCGCGGGGCCACGACGUCGCACUGGUACAGUAUAAACGAGUACUAGCUGGUGGUCUAUAUACAGGGCCAAGGCAUCUCGUCCUACAAACCCCGACGCUUGAUCAGAAGAUGUGCUAUUACAAGAUACGCAGACUGUCCGGUUGGAUCGUCGCUGAUGAUGAUGGUGAUGAUGAUGAUGAUGAUGAUGAUGAUGAUGAUGAUGAUGAUGAUGAUGAUGAUGAUGAUGAUGAUGAUGCUGGCAAAGAUCAUGUCGAAAAAAAAGUGGUGGGGGGUAUCUAUCUCAAGGCUGGUCUACUAUGA